CCCCGCUGGACGGUCGGUCGCGUUUUUCGUCAUUCUUUAAAAAACAAAAAAUAAUAAACAAACGGAGUGCAAGCAAGUGAAUUGUCGCGCAAUUGAUAGCGGCCUAUUGGUGCGGUGCGUGUGCAAUAAUUGAGACAAACAGAAACUAGGUACGCGAAACCAAAUGAGUGUGCAGAAAAACCAGUUCUGCCCCAAGUUCGCGCAGUGUCUCCUUUUCGCUGAGCCAUCGCGAAAGAUGAAAUAAGAAGAGAAAAACAAGCAGUGUCCAGUUUUUAUGGUCUGCAAAGGAAAAUCAUUAAUGAAAGUGUCGUGCAAUGGAGCCGAAUUAAUCAAAAUAACAUCGGGCAAAAAUGCUGCUUAGCUGCUGUGAAACUUUCAAUAAGGCCAAAGGCGACUUCCUGCGAGCGGCGCUUGCUUAACUAAAAAAACUUAAUUGUGCAACAACAACAGCAACAGUGGAGUCUCAACAAUUGGCACAAUUGGCGAUAAAUCAGCAGCAGCAGCAGCAGUAACACAAUAAAAACAACAACAAACCCCAAGAUAGCGAAGCUACAGAAGAAGUCAGUGUGAACUUUUAGCAGACGCAGCAGAAAAAAAAACAAAACAAACAAAAAACGAAAUAAUAGCGACGUUGCACAUGAAGAAAGGGAAAACGAAUAAAUCUACGAACAACGAAAACAACGAGCUGGAGUGAGAUAGCAGAUCUGGCCCUCAUUAGCAUUCUCAGAUAUUCAAGAGCAAAUGAAGAGGAAGCCAAUGCACCAUAUAAUUAAAGAGAGUGAACGGCAGGUGUAGUGGUAAGCAGUUCUGGAGCAAGAGGAGAGUUAAGCUCGAGAGAACCAAAGGAUCUUGAAAUUCAUCUAAGAGAAAGCAAGCAGUUCGAGGAUUAAUCAGCAGGGCAAAUGUGCAAAGCAGUGUAAGCAGACGCAACGAUUGACUCAAGAGAGAGCAGCCUUAAAAGCAGUAAGCUCAAGAGAGAUCCAGCUGUCGUGCACUUAACACUCUUGAGUAUCGAUUUCACAGCCUGCCACUGUUGUUCUUGUUGUUGUUCCCAGUUGCCAACACGCGCUGACAGUUGACAAUUUGACAGUUGGCAGCUGCAGCGGGGAGAGGGGGACGUGGCAUCAUCAGCAUGUGGCCCUAGACAAAAAACAACGGCAACAAAAAACUGCAAAGAUAGCUAAAAGAAAAGAAGACAAAACAAAAAACAAGGAGAGAAGAAGGAGGAGGAGAACCACUUGGCAUUCAGCAGGCAGCGGAGCAUAACCAGGCUUGGUUUGGGCCCAGACCGGAAAGCGUCGAUGAGUUGAGUGAAGCCACUCAUUCCACUCUCCACUCACUCCACUGUCCACUCCUGGAACCCCUAUUCCCCCGCGAUGGAUGCAUCGCCUUUGUCGCCGGAACAGGCACCCGUCUUGGUCACCGGCCGCUCGCUGGACCAGCAGGUGGACGCCAGUUCGCCGAAUCACUCGAACUACUCGAAUCUCACCAAUAGUAGCAGUGGCAGCAGUGCCUGCAGUCCCUCUGCCUGCUCCUCCUCGUCCUCGUCUUCCUCAGCGCCGCAGUACAGCGAGGAUAUACGCCGGGCGGCGGCCGCAGUGCGUCCUGCUCCUGGAGGAGCUUCCCAGCUGCAGCAUCAGCCUGGCUCGACUUCCGGUUCGGGUUCGGGUUCAGGAUCAGCCAAGACCUGCGAGCUAGACUUGGGUGAGGAGCGUGACACCUUUUCGCCCGUCUCCAGUCCCGACUGCAACGGAGCUGCCGUCUCUGCCGCGGAUGUGCUGCCCUCGGGCAGUGGCCUCACCGUGGACAAUAAGAUCUAUGAGGGUGCCAGUGCCAGCAAGGUGAAGCCGCCCUCCAAGGAGGAGAAACAGCGCCAGAACGAGGAGAUCGUAUGCAUGGAGACCUCGACAGUGUCAACGGAGACUGGUUCCUGGGAGUCCAUGUAUCCAGCAGCCACCACAGUUCUGGCACCAGAGGAGGAGCCGGAGGAGAACACAGAGAACACGACGCCUUCUGUUUUUAAGGGCAUCACCGCCAGCUGCUUGCUGAGGGAUCUGGAGAAACGGGAUCAGCCGCUAUCGACCUCCGGUACCAGUGCUUGCUUCAUAGACGCCUCCUCAUUGAGGGACGAAGAUGAGGUUUUGUCCUUUCCCAGCCUCGAUGGCCAUGCUCACGAAGAACCAGAGCCACAGCAGGAGGAGGUGGAGCCAGAAGAGGCUGAGCCCUCGCCCACACAGCAGCUAGAGCAGUUCCACAAGGCUUUUGCCAGGUGCAAAGCCGGUCGACAGAGUCAGGAGCAGGAGGAGCAGCGUGAGCAUGAGGAGGCAGCCAAAGAGGCGGCAGAGGAACGUCCGGCAGCGCCCAUGUCCGUUCCCUACAGCUUCCAGCACAAUGCCCAGCAUUUUAGCGUGCAUCCACUGGGCAGCAGCCCCAAGUUCACACACCACCAGCUCCAACAUCACCAGAGUCAGAGCCAGCACCAUCCCGAUCUCAGCUACACCACAGACUACUCCUCCAGCAGUCCAGCUCCGAGUCUAGUGUGGUCGGAGCAGGGCAGGAGCCACCAGGGUGCCUCGGUGUCCGCUUCGGCCUCAACGCCGCACAACUCCAUGGUGCACAUCGAGCCGGCGUCCGCUGGGAGUAAUAACUCGUCGAUCCACCGUGACUAUACACUGUCUUCCUCACUCUCACAUCACAGGGACUCGGGAGCUUAUUGCAGCGAUGCCACCGACUCGCCGCUGCCCCUGCCACGAACUCCCAAGCGCAGCUCCAAGUUCGACGAGGCCAAUCCCAUUGUCUCGGGCGGUGCGUCCAUCGAGGACUUCCGGGAGAAGCAGUGCGAGAGUCCAAGCAUCAAGAGGCGCACGGACACCUGUCCGAUUGUUUCCGGGGGCUUCGUGUCCCUGGAUUUUGCGCCCACUCGCCCGCUGGCGGAUGAGGAUGAUGAUGAGGAGGAUCUGGCCGAGGAUCCAGAGAUUGCUGGCGUGGAAAUGCGCGUCAAGCGGAAGCCAGUGUCUGGCAUUGCCUCUUGGGUGGUGGACAUGAGCGACUGCCGCCCGGAGCGACGACGCAGCACCAGUAGCACCACCUCCAGCUUCCGUGAGCGCUCCGACUCGAACAGCUCGCACAAGAGCGGCUGUGGUUUCUACGUUUCCCUGGAUGAUAUGGACAGGAAGCCGCAGGAGCAGCCAGCAACAAAGCCUGCAGCUGGAGUGACGCCUGCUUCGCAGCUAAGCAAAUCCUACACGGCUCCAAAGUCGGCGGGAUUCUUUGUAGAUCUCUCGCAAAGCAGCAAGGACGAGGAACAGGAGCGCAUGGAGCGAGAGCUGGCCCAGGCCCGGGAGGAACCCAAGCCGGAACCAAAGAACAUAUUCAGCAUGUUCAUUGACUUUGGGGAGCAAAAGACCCCACGCUCCAAUGGGCGCAAGGAACCUCUCAGUCUGGCCCAGCGGCUGUCCAGUUCCCUGAGCUCCUCAUCGACUCCCCAGCGAAGAGCCGGCGAGACCGAGGUGAUGAAGUCCAGUGCCAGUUCCACGGAGACCCUAAUGGCCAAGAGUGCCAACCAAAAGGACCUUGCACCGGUUGCAUCGGGAGAGAGCAAAUCCCUAGAUUACAGGUGCAACCUAGAGCCUCCGUUGACAGUGGCUGCCCUGCGUCGUCUGUCACAGCAGCAGCGCCAGCAAAGCGAUCCCGCCAAGCGGCACAGCUGGGGGAGCAACAACGGAUCGGGACCGGGUACAGGCAAUGAGUGCAAGCGUUCCAUCAGUCUCACAGCCAACGGAGGAACGGAUUCGUCGUCGUCGGGCCUCAUGAGCAUCAUCGACAAGCUGCCCAUUAUAUCGAAGGCGUCCUCCCUGUCCAUUGACAGCUCUGUGUCGCCAUACGACGACUUCAGUGGCUCCAAUCCCGGCCUAAGCAGCUGCUCGGAGGAGGAGCAGGCCCAUGCCCAGAAUACCAGGAUCAAGAAACGCCGAAGGGAUGUGCAGCUGAAUGAGACGUAUGACAAGUCGAGUCUGGCCUCGGUCACCGAAGGAGUGCUCUCCAAAGACAUGUCGCCCGCCUCCAACACGGACACGGAUGAUCUCACCUUCCAACAGGACGAGCAGCUGGCCAAGGAGCAGGCGGCGGAACUGGUGGCACUGCCCGUGUCCAUCCAGCUAACCAGCAGCAGCUCCAAUCGCACCAGCAGCGUGAUGGAGACGAUUAUCGAGGCCAAGGAGACGGCUUCGCCCAAGAAGCAGGUUACGGUGGCGCUUAGCAAUGGCCACACCAUGGAGUCCCUACACGCUACCAUCGAGAAGCAGAAGCAGCUGCUGGAAACGGUUAACGAGCACGGUGAGCAACAGGCGUUGCAGCAGGCCCAACAACAGCCCUCCCAGAUCCCCUCCAGCUUUGUAAAGCUCUCGGACAUGGACAAGCCGGUGAAGCACGAUCUACAGUCACCGGAUUCGAUGAGCAAGAGUGUGGGCAAUAACCACCGUAGCUCCCAGUUGGGCCAGAGGCUCUACCGGGACGAGAACCGAGCGCGUCCGCACUCGUGGGCCAUGACCCGAUCCACAGGGAACACGCUACAGAACUUCACCAACUCGGUGGACAACAUUAGGAGCCUCUCCCGCCUGUUCCCCAACUUCUCCAAGGAGUUCUCCAACUCGCUGCCCAACGACAUGACCCUGGAGCAGGGCCAAAUGCAGCAGCAACAGGUGGACUACAUCCAGACGGAUCUCAGUGCAGACUCGAGUCUCGCCUCCAGCUUCAGCCGAUCGGGCAUGGAUGAGUCCUCGCUGAGCUGCCGGCAGCCCCGUCGUUUAGGAGAAGAUUUGCUCAAGAUGUUCCUGCAGGAGAUAGCCACGGACAUGCUGGUGGAGGUGCAUGGUCGUCGAAUCCGUGCGCACAAGUGCAUCCUGCGCUCCCGCUGUCAGUACUUUGCCGCCAUGCUGGCGGGCCACGGAGCCCAGAGCGUCGUCUCCCUGCAGGGCUACUCCUAUGCGGCUGUGCACUUUGCGCUGUGCCACAUCUACUCGGGGGCGUCGCAUCCGCCGGAUGGCAUCAGUCUGAUGGAGCUGGCCGCCCUAGCAGAUCUGCUGGGUCUUGAGGGUCUCAAGGAAGUCACCUCCCAUGCUCUGAAGACGAACUACUGCCACAACUUCCACAAGCCGUGCUCCGGCUGCACAGACGGCAUCCUGCAGGUCCUGCCCGUGGCCUUGAACCAUGCUCUGGACGACCUAUACAGGAAGUGCCUCCGCUGGACGUGUCGCCACUAUCUGAAGGUGUGGCCCACGCGGCAGUUUGCCCAGCUGCCGCCGGAUAUUCUGGGACGAUGUCGCCAGCAGAUCGUCGCUUACUUGACUUCCGAGACAGUGCUGGACACGGUGCUCGACUGCGACCACCUGCUGGCCCAGCUUUCGGCUUACCGCUGGGGCCACGUCUGCGAACAGCUGGUGCGCGACAUCCUGGACGCUGCCUACGCCUACGUGGGUGACCACUUCGCCAGCCUGAUUGCCAGCGACGCUUUCCUGUCGCUAGGCCACGAUCGCAGCCGGCACAUUCCACGCCUGGAGACGCUCCUGUUGCACACGGCCGCUGAACUGACUCCGGAGCUGGCCUGCCGAAGCUAUCAGCGUGUGACCCGCUUGAACACGGUGUUGCAGGCCAAGGUCAUCCAUAUGCCCGCCAGCUUGGGUCAGUCUGAACUGGCCCGCGAGCUGCAGGGUCUGCAAGAGGAGCAGCUGGACUGGCAGCCUGAGUAUAUCCGGCUGGUAGGAGCUCUCGUCUAUGCCGUAGAGCAGUGUCUCAUCCGGCAGUGCUCACGGGCUAUGCGAGUCACAGCCUGGCAGCGCAUGGACCUGGAGCUGCGCAAGAAGAUUCAAACGCUAGCCCGUCUCACCGAGCCGCUGGACAUGAAGCGGCAGAAUGGCAAGCCGGUGGGCAAGGCGUUCUCCUUCGGUGGCAACUCACGGAGCCAGGAUCUCGUGCAGAUUAAGCUGGCCAUCCAGGCGCAGACAAAACGAGCGCACGCACAGGAGGCGCAGCUAUACAAGGCCACGCAAACACACGAGGCGGCGUCUGGUCACGUCCAGACCGCGGAUCGGGGAGUGCAAGCAAACCACGAGUCCCGAGAGGGAGGAAGCAAAAUACUCAAGUCUAACUCCCGGGCCUAUGUUCCACAUCGCGCCAGCUCUCAGGUGGCCUCGGAGCGCAACAGCUUGAAUCUGCAUCGACGUACCCAGUCGGAGGCCCCUCCGGUGACGCACAAGAAGCCAGUUCCGGUAGCGGCGGAAUCCAAGGCUGCUGCCCCAGCGAAGACAGUCGCUGCCACUGCUUUGGCACCCACUAAACUGGCAGAGGUGCGACCUCGUUACCUGGAACCCCGCAAGCCAAGGGCUGCAGCAACAAAUGGCCACAGUGCCGGACCAGUUCGCAGUGCCACCAGCUCGAGUAUUCCAGCCAAUGGUGGCAGAAAGGCGCCAGCGAAGAACCUGCACAUCUCCUCCAGCGACAGCUCACGGAACUCGAGUCCAGCGGCUCGCCGAGUGCAGCAGAAUGGAGCUCGACUGGGCAACAAGUCAAGCAAUCUCUCCAUGGACAGCCUAGCCUCGCCGGCGCGUAGGGCCAAGAGCAACUCGCGGGGACCACAGGACAGGUACUCCUCCGACCAGAACUCUCUGGCGGAGAGCAUGAAGAGCUCGGUCAUCACCAACAAAACGAUCUCACACGAGUCGCUCUCGGGCAGUUCGAAGCUGGCCAGAGUACAGCAGCUCAACGGCCACGGAAAGGCAAAUAUCACGGGCAAGAUCAAAGCCACACAGCGUGGCUCUACCGUGGGCAACAAGUCGACGCGUCAGCUGAAGCAACAGCACAAUGCGGUGGCCUCCAAUGGAUCCAGUCCCAGUUCCGUGCAUACGACCAAGUCGGCCGCCAGUCGCCUGUCCUCGGUCAGCAGCACGCUCUCCACCCGGGAGCUGUUCAAGCAGCGCUCCAUUUCAGUGCCAGCAGGUGGAACAGAUGGCAGCGGUGGUGGAGCACCGAACAAGGGACGCCACAGCUUCCUUUCGGCCAAAUCCCGCGAAAUCCUGGCCAAGCGGGCCGAGAAGAACAAGCUCCAGCAACAGCAGCAGCAACAGAAGCAAACCGAAGCGCCGGGUGAUGAGCAGGUGCAGCUGCGCGCUUCGGCCGGACCCCUGCGCUCCUCCUCACAUUCCGCGGUGACCAGCAUGCUGCAACAACACAAUCUACGCAACAGUCUGCCCUCCAGCAUACCCACCCGACGACCCAAUACGCUGCAUCUAAAGAAGACCACAGCGGCGGUGUCCAAUGGAGUGGCCACCACCAAAACCACCACUAACGGGCUUACGAAUGGAUCCUACAAGUCAGCCCAGGCAGUCAAACAGAAGCUGGACCUGCUCAUCGAUGCCCAGAUGGAGGGCGGGGCGCCGGCGCCCAAGGAGCGCGUAGAAUCCAAGCUAGAGCGUUCGAGCACCUUCUGCAAAGACAGCGCCGAUCUGGAUUUUAGCGAACUGCAGAUUGUAGAGUAAACUCAGCCGGAGCAACAGCAUCAAUAUGAUGGGGUUGUAUCAAAUAUGACCCCAGAAACGAAGCCGAAGUCCAUAGAAUCCAGCAACCAGAACCCCGAACCGUAAACGUCCCAUAAGGCAACACUAG